AUGGCGGCGGCGGCGGCGGCGGCGGCGCGAGAAGCCUGGCAGGCGGCAUCUCCGCGGAGAAGGCGCUCGGCGGCUCGGCGUCCGAAGCGGAGGGAGGCUGCGGCGGCCGCUGGGACCCCGGGAGCCGAGCCCGAGGUGGAGGGCGGAGUCGUGCUUCGUCGCAUCCAGGAGGCCAAGGAGGACCUGGUUAUCUCUGACUUCUGGAGCUCAGCACUAGAAACCAUCACCGGGUGUCUCCAGAAACACCUGGAGCAGCUGAGGGCCCCCGAGAGGCACCUCUCGGAAGCCCUGGGACACCUGCAUCUCGACGCCCCCCCGGUGGAGGCAGAUACAGCCCCUGGCUCCAUCCUGGAAGAGACCCUGGUCCCAGGGACCUGCCGCCUCAAGUGUGUGUGUUACGGCGUCGGGAACUUCGCCAGCUGCGCCAUAGCUAGAAGCCAGCUGGCGUUUUUGCUUCUCCUCCUGGAGCGGUGCCAGGUUCCCAGGAGUCACUGCUGGGUGUACGACCCUCUGUUCAGUCAGCUAGAAAUCACGGUUCUCAGCGCCCUGGGCGUGGUGGUUCUCAGGGAGAACGAGGAAGGGAAGCGGAGCGUGUGCGGGGAGCCCACCGUCUUCUACAUGCCGCACUGCGGGACGGCACUCUACAACAACCUGCUGUGGAGGAACUGGUCGGUGGACGCCCUGUCCAAGGUGGUCAUCGUUGGCAACAGCUUCAGGGGGCUCGAGGAGAGGUUGUUGACAAGGAUUCUGCAUAAACAUUACCCAUACGUUGCAAAGAUUCUGACAGGCCUGGAGGAGGUGGUGUUCCCUCAGACCCCAAGGUACACGGACGCAUUUAACGACACCUCCGUCCACUGGUUUCCUGUGCAAAAGCUAACCCAGCUGCCCACGGACACUUGGGCGUUUCGGGAAGAGCCAGAUUACCAGGACUGUGAGGACCUUGAGAUCAUCAGGAAGAAGUCAGAGGAGCCUCCCGCGCUGACCUGA